AUUUUCAGUAAUUUUAUAUACAAUUCCUAUUCCAUUCCAAAUAAAUUUUGGAAAAAUCGAAAAUCAGAACGAAAAUACGGUUCUAUCGAAUGUUUUCGGAUCAGAAUUGGUAGAAUUCGGAAAUUCCAUUUCGAUUUCCACCCCUGCUACGCCAGUGUUUAUUAAACAGAAAAAAAAAAAGAAUUAAUCAAGAAAUUCGAAUAAAAUCAACCUAAAUAUAUAAAAAAUGAGGUUUUAUAUAUUAAGUGGACCAUAUGUGCCCAUAGUGCAGAUUCAAUUAUGCAACAGGUGAUCAUUAAAGUUAAACACUUAGCUAAAAAUGGAGUCUUUAUUUCUAACUUUCAAUGAUUUAGUAUUACUUUGCCAAACCCUCACUUUAAUUUAAUAUAUAUUAUUUUUUUAUCCAAUAGUAUAUUUUUAUUUUUAUUUUACAUCAUUCAAUAGUGUUUAAAUAACUGUUCACUUCAUUCAUACUAACCACUGAAAAAUCCAUGGAAACAGGAAAUGCCGAUGCUUACACGAAAGACGGAACGAUCGAUAUUUACGGAAAACCGGCAAUGAAAGAGAAAACCGGACGAUGGAGAGCAGGAUCCCUUGUUCUUGUUACCGAAGGACUAGCUGCACUUGCAUUCACCGGUGCAGAAGUAAACAUGGUUCUUUUCGCGAAAACGGUGUUGGGACAAUCGAACGCCGACGCGGCAAACACGUUUAGUACGUGGAUGGGAACUCUUAACAUGUGCACUCUAUUUGGUGCUUUUUUAAGUGACUCUUACUUGGGAAGAUAUCUCACUUGUGUUGUAUUUCAAGGUGUUCUUGUCAUUGGAUUGGUGCUAUUAUCCUUGUCAACUCAAGAAUUCAUGCUUGAACCAAAGGGUUGUGGAAAAAUUGGAGAUUUGUGUAACAAACCAUCACAAGCUAAAGUUGCUAGCUUCUACAUAUCAAUAUACCUACUUGCACUAGGGAGUGGGGCUAUUGAGCCGGCACUCGCAACAUUGGGUGCCGACCAAUUUGACGAGGAAGAUUCCGAUGAGAACAAAUCGAAAACGGCGUUUUUCAGCUAUUACUACGUGGCUUUAAAUAUUGGGUCGUUGAUAGCAGAAACCGUGUUGGCGUACAUCGAAAACCUCGGGAAAUGGGUUUUGGCGUUUUGGGUUUCGACUCUUUGUGGUGUAUUGGCUUUGGGUUUUCUCCUUAGUGGUACUUGUAGGUAUAGACAUUAUAAGCCUUGUGGUAAUCCCAUUUCAAGAUUUUGUCAAGUGGUUGUUGCUUGUGUGAGGAAAUUUGAAGUUAAUGUGCCGUUAAAUGGAGAAGGGCUUUACGAAGGCGAAAACGAAUGUGCUCGAACGAUACCCCACACGGGUGAUUUCAAGUAUCUUGACAGAGCAGCUGUAAUGACAAAUUCAGACAAGAUCUUACUAUCCACCAAAGGCCAAUCUCCGAAUCCAUGGCAUCUAUGCACAGUCACACAAGUGGAGGAAGUCAAAUGCGUACUAAGACUCCUCCCGAUAUGGUUCUGCACCACCGUAGCAUCCAUGGUGUUCGUACAAGUCCUCUCUCUCUUCGUCGAGCAAGGCUCUGCAAUGAACACUAAAAUAUCGAAAAACUUCCACAUAGCUCCAGCCAGCAUGACUGCAUUCGAUAUUAUAAGCACAUCAACUUUCAUCAUUUCCUACGAGAAAAUAAUCGUACCGUUAUAUAUCAAACUCGUGAAAAAAGAGCCGAAAAUUCCGUCCGAGCUUCAACGAAUAGGAAUCGGGAUGGGCAUUUCGGUCAUAUCAAUGGUGGCUGCAGGGCUUGUGGAGCAGUUUAGGUUAAGAUAUGCUGACGAAGGAGAAACGAGUGAUUUGAGUAUUUUGUGGCAGAUUCCACAGUAUGUGCUCGUGGGAGUUUCCGAGGCUUUUAUAUAUGUGGCGCAGUGGGAGUUUUUUGCGUCGCAAAUUCCCGACGGAUUGAAGAGCUUGGGGCUUGGUUUGUCCAUGUCAUCGUCAGCUUUGGGAAGCUUUCUUUGUACGAUAAUUGUAGCUGUAGUUAUGAAGUUCACUUCGAAGAAUGGGGAGAAAGGGUGGAUACCAGCGAAUUUGAACGAAGGCCACAUGGACAGGUUUUUCUUCUUGUCGGCUGUUUUGGUUGCUUUCGAUCUCGUUCUUUUCGUCACCUGUGCACACCGCUUCAAGUGUAUCAAACAAGAGAAACGAGAACAAGUGAAGGAAACUUCCGAUUCUACCCUUAUCUGAUGACGAUGAAGAUGAAGAUGAAGUUCAAGACUCACCUUUUUGCCAUGUUUGUAGCUUAAAAGAGUAAAAAGUGUACGAUGAACUGUUAUCUUGAAUCGAAAUGAAUGACUAAAACUUAACCAAAAUAGCACUGUCUUUCUUUAUCUGGUAAUUAUAAAGGCUGUUUACGGAAA